AUGGCGUCUACAGAGCCGUCUACAGCGCAGACGACCGUGCGUCACUUAACUACUUCAGCGUUUGAAUUUACAACUGAGAACUCGCAUAGCCCUCAAACAACGGACAGAAUAUCAGAGAUGCCCACAACAUCAUCGGUAGUGCACACUGGCGGUUCGACUUUCACCGCCCUUCCUACAGUUCAAACGUCAACAUUUGACGGGACACCCAUUCAGAGCACUGACGUAGCUUCGUCUACUUUUAAAGAAUCGGAGCUUGGCUAUACAACUGAGACUGCAAAAUCACCAAGCACAACUGUUGACGCCGCUUCAUCGGAAGUGAACACUGUGGCUUCGACCUUUAAAACUUUUCCCACCCUUCCUGCGGUCCAAACGUCAUCAUUUGGCGGGAGCACCAUUCAAAGUACUCACGAAGCUUCGUCUAUUGUGGAGGACACAACGAUAGUGCAGACGAAUGCCCCGUCCUACAUUUCGUCAGUGUCACCAUAUACAACCAAAGCAUUCGUAGGUACCGGGACUACAGAGAACACACCGACCACCUCAGCUAAAGCUACAGACCUGAUCGUUUCUGCCUCAGAAACUGAAACUUCCACUCUACACUUUACCACCACUGGCCUGGUGUCAACAUCAGUUGGCAGUACCACCUCAGAUUCGGCUGUAGAACCAUCUACAACGGAACCCUCUCACCAGAUUCAAACAGACGAAGACGCCACUACUGCAAGUACCGCCAGCCGAACCACGGCAGAUACGUAUACCAAAGCAGUAACUGAGACAGCGCAAAGCACAACCAAUACUGCAACAUCAUCUCUCGGCUUUUCUACGGUCCCUGUAUUCACAACAGAGGAUUUAAGUAUAACAACAGAGGAAUCAUCAGGAGUCCAUACUAUAGAUUCAACUGGAACAUUAUAUAGCACAAGCGCUACGGCAAAUGACGCCCCGACAUCGAGCUUAGGCACGGAAAACUUGGCUACGGAACCAGUGACAGUGUUCUCAAGUUACUCGACUCCUGCUGGAGAGACCACACUUACGGAAACCAGGCUACCUUCAUCUACCAUGUUAGAUUACUUACUUACUACUCCUGCUACCAGCAUGUCGCCAGCGCCUACAUCUGUUACCCAAUCAUUGAGUACUCUUCAGACAACGGAAGAGAUAUCAGUGAUGUCGGACGGCACAACUGCAUCUACAUCUGCGACAUUACCUAGAACAGCGUUGUCAAGUCUUGAGACUACAGUAUCUACUGCAGAGAUGUUGACAGCAACAAUCACAAAGCAGCUGCAGCAAACAAGUCAAAGUACAGCGCAACCGGCGACACCCUACACAACCACAACACAACCAACCUCUGAAGGCACACCUCAACCAAAUGAUACUAUGAGAGCUACAACCGAAGAUGGAACAACGCUCACUGCUAAAACCGGCACAACUGUCACAAGCACAACCCAGCCAACCACUCCCUCUUGUACAAUGGACAGUACACCUACGAGUACAGGUGAGAACACGACCACUUUCCACCAAACAACAGAGAGUACAGGUCAAAAUACCAGCCAAAGGACUUCAUAUCUUAGCACACUUUUGAGUAGACUGGUGACAACAAGUGACACUGCUUCUCAAUCAUCAGCAACACUUGCAGCAACUGAAACUAUAAGUCAAAUAACAACGCAACCGGCGACACUCUACACCACCACAGCAUCAACUUCUCAAGGUACAACUCAACCAAAUGCUACUCCGAGAGCUACAACCAAAGAUGAAAUUCAAGACACAGCUCAGCCAACAACACUGACGACUAUAACCGGCACAAUUGCCAAAAGCAAAACCCAGCCAACUACUAGGUCUAUUACAGCUCACGUGACAGGUCAAAACACAUUUGACCCAAGUACACUCCUCAGUACUUUGGCAAAUAGAAGGGACAUGACAUCUCAAGCAACUAAACUCCUUCUAACAACAGAGACUACAGGUCAAGGUACAACACAAUCAGAUACAACGUCGUCGCCAGCAGCUCUCGCCAGUACAACUGACGCUACAAGCCAAAGCACAACUCAGGCAACCACAUCAGAUGCAACAACACCAACUACAGCCGCCCCAACUUCUACCCAGUCAACUACCUCCUUGACAAGUCAAAGCACAUUUGACCCAAGUCCAUUCUUGAGUACACAAUCAAAUAAAAGGGACAUCACAUCCCAACCAACUAACUUACCCCUUAUCACAACAGAGAUUACAGGUCAAGGUACAACGCAGAGAGCUGCUGUAGUUACAACUCAGCAAACUACUCCCUUUAGUACAGCUGCAAAUACGGCUAUAUCGACACCAACGCCAGUAGCUCUCGUCAGUACAACUGACACUAUAAGCCAAAGCACAACUCAGCCAGCCGCAUCAGAUACAACAACACCAACUACAACCAUCCAAACUACAACCCAACCAACUACCUGCACUACCACAAAUGACUUGACACGUCAAAGCACAAAUACCCUUCUCAGCAAAGACACAACAUCGGGUGCAACUGACAUCACAAUCUCUGAGACAAAACCUGAGCCUUCCCUGUCAAUGACCUCAAGCCAGACUUCUACAAUGGUUGACUCCACAUCACAUGAACUUAGUUCUGACGAAACUUUGAUAACAUUGAUGACAACAUCAUACGAAACGUCAGCAACGAAAAAUAUGGCUACAUUGAAUAAUUUGGAAACGUCGUCUCCAACCUCCCACACUGUCUAUAUGAGAAACACGCAGACAUUGCCGGACCAAUCUUCGUCUAUCUCGAUAAUCAACGCGUCAAGCCUAAUCAACACUACCGGCAACCCAAGCCCUUUAAAAUCCUCCCAUGACGCGGUAAUAGAAACAGUGGGAUGGGUUAUGCUUGGUGUUUGCGCCUUUGCAAUUUUACUGGGUUUAUUAGCUUACAUCGUUUCGAAAAAGGCGAGUGUUCAACCGACGACGAUGGAUUCUCCAGACGCUGAUCCUGUGGAGAUGAUCAUCCCUACCGCAUGGUCUGAGAUGCCUAAUGAGCACGUUAGAGGCGACAUCAACGGGGGGCAGUCAGCCAUUGGUGUUAGCCAGGUGUUUGAACCACCCUCUGUCCCCGAGAGCGACAGAUAUCUUACAAGUACGCCGAUUGGUGAAGGAGAAGAUGUAUUGCUUCCAGGAAUGCCUGAGCAGUCGCAGAGUCAUGCUGUAGACAUUCCGGAAGAGGACAACAGCGUUCCGUUGUCUUCUAACGAAAACCAUAUCCAUGCACCAGCAGGUGAAGAGAAUGAAGAGGUGACUUCGCUUCCAAGACCGCCUGAGAGUCAUGUUGUAGAUAUCAAUGAAAACCAGGACGUACUGCCAUCUCUAUCCGGAGAAGAUCCCUUACAGUACACACAUCAACAUCAGGGGGUUUCACAGAAUAAACAACCCGACUAUUCCAGAGUUGUCAUGGCUGACCCGGCGGAAAAGUCACUUCUGACACGAACACUAACACCUCUUCCAUCCCAGGCAGAAAAGCUGCAGCUAUUAAAAGAUUUGAUCGGACAACAGACAAAGAUUUACACCAAUGGCAUUUUGAGUAACACGCAUGUUAACUACGGACGCCCUUUACCGUAAGGCCACUCUUAGUUGAUUAUAUGGAUGACAUCUGCGCGCGCAUCAUUUCGUCCGUUUCCAGAAAAAGUUUGCAG